AUGGCAAGCAAACAAAUAUUAUCAUUAUUUAGAAAAAAUACAAAUUUAUGUGAAAUAUCUACCGAAUAUCCUUCAUUAAUACGAUCUUUAACUCCUCGUCAUCUAUGUACAUGUGUAAAACUGAAGAUGUCUGAAACAAUUCAUAUUGAUAAAUUAUCAAACAAAAAACUAGCUCAAGAUCAUGAUCAAAAUGGAAAAGAUUCGAAAGAACAUUCAAAAACGAUCCGAGAACCAACAGAAUUAAUUAAAUUAUUUCAAUAUAAACAAGAAGAAGAAGAAAUAAAUGAUAAAUUAUAUAAAAAAUGUCGAUGUCGAUUAAGAAGAAUAAUGGGUAAUGAUGAUGACGAAGAAAAAGACAAUACAAAUUAA